AUGGCCCCCAUCGGACUCAAGGCUGUGGUCGGAGAAAAGAUCAUGCACGAUGUGAUCCGCAAGGUGAAGAAGAAGGGAGAAUGGAAGGUGCUGGUGGUGGACCAGCUCAGCAUGCGCAUGCUGUCCUCCUGCUGCAAAAUGACCGAUAUCAUGACGGAGGGCAUCACCAUUGUGGAAGACAUCAACAAGCGCCGGGAGCCGCUGCCCAGCCUGGAGGCCGUGUACCUCAUCACACCCUCCGAGAAGUCCAUCCACUCCCUCAUCAACGACUUCAAGGACCCCCCCACCUCCAAGUACAGAGCUGCCCACGUCUUCUUCACUGACUCCUGCCCCGACGCCCUCUUCAACGAGCUGGUGAAAUCCCGAGCUGCCAAGGUCAUCAAGACCCUGACCGAGAUCAACAUCGCCUUCCUGCCCUCCGAGUCCCAGGUCUACUCCCUGGAUUCGGCCGACUCCUUCCAGAGCUUUUACAGCCCCCACAAGGCCCAGAUGAAGAACCCGAUCCUGGAGCGGCUGGCGGAGCAGAUCGCCACGCUGUGCGCCACGCUGAAGGAGUACCCGGCCGUGCGGUACCGCGGGGACUACAAAGACAACGCCAUGCUGGCGCAGCUCAUCCAGGACAAGCUGGAUGCCUACAAGGCUGACGACCCCACCAUGGGCGAGGGCCCGGACAAAGCUCGCUCCCAGCUCCUCAUCCUGGACCGUGGCUUCGACCCCGCUUCCCCGGUGCUGCACGAGCUGACCUUCCAGGCCAUGAGCUACGACCUGCUGCCCAUCGAGAACGACGUCUACAAGUACGAGACGAGCGGCAUCGGGGAAGCCCGGGUUAAGGAGGUUCUCCUGGACGAGGACGACGACCUCUGGGUGUCCCUUCGCCACAAGCACAUCGCGGAGGUGUCCCAGGAGGUGACCCGGUCCCUGAAGGAGUUUUCAUCGAGCAAGAGGAUGAACACAGGCGAUAAGACCACCAUGAGAGACCUGUCCCAGAUGCUGAAGAAGAUGCCGCAGUACCAGAAGGAGCUCAGCAAGUACUCCACUCACCUGCACCUGGCCGAGGACUGCAUGAAGCACUACCAGGGCACGGUGGACAAGCUCUGCAGAGUUGAACAGGACCUGGCCAUGGGCACCGAUGCUGAAGGAGAGAAGAUCAAGGACCCCAUGAGGGCCAUCGUCCCCAUCCUGCUGGACGGGAACGUCAGCACCUACGACAAGAUCCGCAUCAUCUUGCUGUACAUCUUCCUGAAGAAUGGUAUCACCGAGGAGAACCUGAACAAGCUGAUCCAGCACGCCCAGAUCCCGGCAGAGGACAGCGAGAUCAUCACCAACAUGGCCCACCUCGGGGUGCCCAUCAUCACAGACUCCACCCUGCGCCGCCGGAGCAAGCCAGAGCGGAAGGAGCGGAUCAGCGAGCAGACCUACCAGCUCUCCCGAUGGACCCCCGUCAUUAAGGACAUCAUGGAGGAUGCCAUCGACGACAAGCUGGACACCAAGCACUACCCCUACAUCUCCACCCGCUCCUCCGCCUCCUUCAGCACCACCGCCGUCAGUGCCCGCUACGGCCACUGGCACAAGAACAAGGCCCCCGGCGAGUACCGCAGCGGCCCCCGCCUCAUCAUCUUCAUCCUGGGAGGGGUGAGCAUGAACGAGAUGCGCUGCGCCUACGAGGUGACGCAAGCCAGCGGCAAGUGGGAAGUGCUAAUAGGUUCUACUCACAUUCUCACUCCCACCAAAUUUCUCAUGGACCUGAGGCACCCCGACUUCAGGGACUCCACUAGGGUAUCAUUUGAGGAUCAGGCUCCAGCAAUGGAGUGAGCCAAAGAAACCAAGGUCCACGCACAUCCUCACCCCACAGAAACUGCUGGACACGCUGAAGAAGCUCAAUAAAACAGAGGAGGAAAGCAGCAGUUAAAAGGAAACGCCGCCAGCGACCCGACGCCGACUGCACCCCCCCCGCCGGGCACCCGGCCCGGGGCGCGCUCCUGCGCCGAACCGCGUCCCCGUCCCCAAACCCAAACCCAAACCCUACCCGACCCUGGCCCGGCCGAGCUUUCUCUCUUGUUCUUGUGUUGAGCCCCCCCUGCUCCUUCCCUGUCCCCCUCUCAGCACAGGGAAGGGACCCCAGAUGCAAGCGCGUUAGGAGACGCGCUGCGGCGUGGCCAAAAAAACGUACUGAUACCCGCACCCUGAGCUGCCUGCUGUCUGGGGAGCUCAUCUCCCAGUGACCCGCAAAUGGCAGCGACAUAAAUAACAGGAAAAUGCCAAAAAAAAAAAAAAAAACCCUCCCUGAAAUUUUCCCUCCCCUUUGGGUUCCUGCAGGGACGGACGGGCAGCCGGCCGCCCCUCCUGCCCCAUGGCGCCCGCACUGCUGCUGGCGGUGUUUCCUCCCCAGCUCCUUUUGGGGUAGAAGCCCCCCCCUCCCUGGUGCCCUUUCCCUUGGAUUUGGGGGCGGCUGCCCCCCCAGAUGUGCGUGCCAACAUCUGGCAGGGGACGGGGGGGGUGGCUCUGCCCCACGCUACCCCAAAUCCCCACGCAAAAAGGGACCAGAACGGUCAAACCCCGCGGACGGGACCCGUUUGCUUGCACGGCCCUUCCCUCCCCGUCAGGCUGCGUCCUCCUUCAGCCCACAGAUAUAUAUAUAUAUUUUUAACAGGCAGCACACACACACACACAUAUAUAUAUAUAUCCCUGCAGACAAGGAAGCUAUGAGGCCCCCACCCCGCUCGUGUCCCCCCCGUGGUGAAGCGUUCCCGAGCGUGCCGUCGCCCCGAGGCCCCGCAGCCCCCCGGGCCCCCCAGCGGACCCUGUGUAUAUGAAUUCUGUGUCUCGUGCAGUUCUUACAGCUUGGUGUAUAGUGAUUUAACCAAAACUCCUCGGAUUUUUUGUUUUUUACGUCCCAGGAUUGCCCCCCCCCCCGCCCCGCCACUAGAUGCACUGCAAUAUUUUGGGGUCCUUCGUUUUGUUCUCUUCUGUUCCCUCCCUCUUAAGGCUGUGACCCCCUUUUCCUUCCCCGAAAUCUCUUUCUUGCCUCGUUGGUGGUUCUCCCCUCUCCUUCCUUUCCCUGUCUGCUCCUUGCCCAUAAAGUUAAAUAUAUAUUUUUAGGGCAAAGGCUGUAUCAUUGCACUGAUAUUUGUCGGUUCCCCCUUGGUCCUCCCGCCCCGUUUGAGUUCCUUCUCAGUUUAGCAACGCGAAAACGCUUCAGGAUCCUGUAUGUUGGACGUUAUUAUUAUUAUUAUUUUUUUUUUCUGUUACAGUUAUUUAUAUAAAAAAUAAUUUAUCAAAAAGAAAAACUAAAAAAAAAAAAAAAUCUAGUCUGUCUUGGAACUUGUUUACCUUGAAGUUACUGGAAUCUAAGUGUUUGACGGUGUUGAAGCACAACCAUGUAUCAUCUCUGUAUAGCUGUUCUGUACAAGCACUCGAGUGGCUCAAUAAACGCGAUCUCCAUACCCAGUGCAA